UCUUCCCCAACCGUCCAACCUCAAAGGUUGUCGCCGUCCCGCUGCAACAGGUUCAACUUUACCUUGGAAAAACAAUGUUAUGAAAUACAUCUAUGUUUUCUUAUACAGAAUGACUCAGCGGAAGUAAAACCCAAAAAAGACUUUCAUCACAAAGAAACCCUCCCGCCAAGAAAAUAAAAAGGAACUCCAACUAUGGAGUUUGCUCGUCGGUUGACCGCUCGCUUUGAAACUAAAAGACUGCCCGAUGACGUGGACGAUGACCUGGAAACACUGGCGGAGUACAAACAGCGCUGGCGCUCCGUCCGCAUCAUCUACUUUACAAUGUUCCUGAUGUCGCUGGGCUUCAGCAUCGUUCUCUCAGGCGUUUGGCCCUUCCUCAAAAAGCUAGAUCCCGAUGCUGGCUUAGAAUUCUUGGGCUUCAUUGUGGCCGCCAAUCCUCUGGGGCAAACGAUUUUCAGCCCAGUCUUCGGCUGGUGGGGCAACAAGCUGGGCAAGAUUCGCGUGCCACUCCUGGUUUCGCUGGCGCUUUUUACGGUUGCCAGUGGGAUGUACUCUUCGCUGUUCCUGCGACCGAGUAAUGUCAAAUACUGGAUGCUAGCAUCGCGGUUCCUCAUUGGAGUAAGCUCGGCAAAUAUUGCUCUAUGCCGGUCCUAUCUUUCGGCGGCGACGCGACUUUGCGAACGCACCCACGCAGUGUCAAUGGUUUCGCUGGCCCAGGUUCUGGGCUUCAUCGUUGGACCGUCGCUACAGGCAGCGGUUGUUCCGUUUGGCGAAGAGGGACACGUUUGGCUGUGGGGCAAGAUGCACGUCAACAUGUACACGGCAUGCGGUUGGAUCAAUGUGCUGAUGAGCAUCGGAAACUUUUUGCUCUUCCUUCCCGGCGUGUUUGAGGAGCACAAAAUCGCCGCUCGCGAAGUGAUGGUUAUACAGGGCGGCACCUCGGAGCGAGACACCUGGAAGGGCAUCAAGCCGAACUAUUACUCCGCUUGGACUUUGAUUAUCGCCUUCUUUGUGCUGGUGUUCAACUUUGUGCUGCUUGAAACCUUGGGCACAUCCCUGACGAUGGACAUGUUCGCGUGGUCUAACGAUCAGGCACUUAAGUACAUGGGCAUCAUGAUGACCGUCGCAGCGGUUAUCUCCCUGGCCACAUUCGUUUUGAUUGAACCCCUGUGCAAGAUCUUCCCCGAACGUUUUGUGCUCAUCUGGGGCGGCUUCUCGCUGAUGUUCCUUGGUCGUGUGCUCUUUCUUCCUUGGGGUCCGGAUCCGCCGAAACUGGCACAGCCCUUCAAUGCCAGCCUGAAUCUGACCGAAAGCGAUCCGCUCUUUUUAGGCUGCCCAAUCACACGGCCGUGGUGUAGCGAACUGCCGGCCCUGACAUUGACGCAAUUCAUCAUUGGAUUUGCCCUGACCUCAGUGGGCUAUCCCAUUGGGGUGACUCUUAUCCAGACAAUCUUUUCAAAGGUUCUGGGACCCCGGCCGCAGGGCGUUUGGAUGGGCUGGAUGACCGGUUCUGGUUGUAUGUCGCGUGUCCUUGGUCCCCUUUUCGUGGGAUCCAUCUACUCGCGACUCGGCACUUACUGGACCUUCGGCAUAACAGGGUUUAUGAUGUUCGUUUCAAUGUUUUGGCUGCACUUCAGCAACCGAUUGCUGAUACCACCAACAUAUGAAAAGGCCACACCUGUGGAGCUCCAAGAACUUAACAAGCCCAAUGGCGGCAAACAGGACGACCACUCACCCGAGGACUCAAUUUUGGAUAAGCACGGCAGCCAUCACUCCAUACCGCAAGCCUAGCGGAUAAACUGAACUUAGCUCUUAGACACAUCGUUGCAAUACUGCCCCUUUAUUUAGCUUUAAAAGACAUGAUUAUUUUUGCAUA